AUGCGUUCGGGAGGACAGCCAAACGGGCCCGAAUCUUGUUUGGUGUUUGUCCUCCUGUGUCCCAGUCAUAACCAGCUGAGUGCUCUGCCGGUGGAGGUGUACUCUCUGAAUAAGCUCUGCAGCAUGACACUGCAGCAGAACCGUCUGGAGAGCCUGCCAGAGGAACUGGGACAGCUGGAGAACCUGACCCAGCUGGACCUGUCCAACAACCUUCUGAAGGACCUCCCCUCCAGCCUGGGCCGUCUCACCUCUCUGCAAAAACUCACUCUGAGUCACAACAAGCUCAGCGCUCUGCCUGACAGCGUGGCACAGCUCAAAAACCUGAAGCUGUUUGACUGCAGCAACAACCAGCUGACUGACAUUUCCGCCAACCUAUCAGAGAUGCUGGCUCUAGAGCAGCUCUACCUCAGACACAACAAGCUCCGCGCCCUCCCAAAGCUCCCUGCACCCGCGCUCAAGGAGUUGUAUGUAGGGAACAACCACAUUGAGAAACUGGAGGCGGAGCAGCUAUCCUGCCUGAAAGCCAUUUCUCUUUUAGAACUCCGAGACAACAAAAUCCAGACUCUCCCUGAACAGAUCUCCACACUGAGCACGCUCACACGCCUCGACCUCACCAACAAUGACCUCAGCACUCUUCCAGCCUCUAUCAGCCUGCUGCCUGACCUGAAGGUGCUGCUGUUGGAGGGAAACCCUCUGAGAGGAAUCAGGAGAGAUCUGCUCAAGAAAGGAACCAAUGAGCUUCUGAAAUAUUUAAGAGGAAGAAUUAAAGAGGAGCCUGACCAAGCAGAGGAACAACAGACGGCCAUGACGUUACCCAGCCAGGCCAGAGUUAAUGUCCACAGCAUUAAGACUCUCAAGUUACUUGAUUACAGUGAGAAGCAGGCAGCGGAUGUUCCUGAGGAGCUGUUUGAUGCUGCAGCAGACACCAUUGUCACCUCUGUGAACUUCAGCAAGAACCAGCUGACCUCCAUACCCCCCAGGCUGGCAGAGUUUGUCUCUUCUCUGUCAGACAUCAAUCUGGGUUUCAACAAACUGACCUGCUGCUCUCCUGACAUCUGCAAGUUCCUGCAGCUGACAAACAUUGACCUCAGUUUGGCCCUGUAUUCGAACUCCAUUACUGAGCAGCAGGUGGGAUUGGAGCAGGUGGAAGGCAGCCCUAUAGGUGCAGGACAAAAAGAAAGGCAGGAGGAGACCCCCGACUACUCCCAGGUAAGGAGGUCACUGCAAGGCCAGCACAUCCCACACCUGUCCCUUGGCGCCAGGGAGGGGGGGGAUAGAGAGCAAUGGGGGGAGCGACACACCUGUCCCCUGGGGAACUCGCCAUUGGAGGAAUAA